AAUUGAUUUCAAGUGUUAUUAUUCUGUUUGGAUGUAAACAAAUCAGUUGAUAUAAAGAGAAAGGACGUGAAGUAGAGGAAUAAGUAUAAGACUAGAACAGAAGGCAACACUCUACUGACUAAAGGAAGUGAUAAGCUGUCUAAGGUGUUAAGAUGAGAAGCAGUGAGGAAGAGAGGAUAUUUCAGUUGUUAUAUCUCCUUUACGAUGUGUGUAGAGAUACUCUCCUUGUUUUCUUCGCUGAUAAAUUUUUAAACAACGAACUUACAGAUGAAAACAUUUCACAUUAUAUCAGUAAAAACAAAAACAAACUCCAUCAACAAUUACAAAAAUCAAAAUGUCAAACAUGUUCGGAGUCAAAAGCUGAAACAUCUUGUCUGAAAUUUCAACGAGAACUACUUAAAAGUUUCUUUAAAGUUGACAAGUCUCUGACAAAAGACGCAAAUUUGACAGAUGUGACUUCAGAUUUACUAUCCGUUGAAAAAAUUACACCAGAUAAACUGACUGUUUCUAUGCUUCACAACCUACUACUUACUGCAGAAAUAGACUCUGAGGAACGUGAAUGGAUAGGUCAACUAUAUGAGCAACGAAAACAAUUUUCAUCUAUGGCAAUAACCGAUGAAAAAUUUCAAGAAAUUUGGAGAAAAAGUGAAGAAAUAGUCCUUAAUAUAUCAAGAAAGUACAGUAAAGGGCAAGAUAAGAUCAUGGAGAAAUACAUAAAAGUUAUAAAAACUAUGCUGCCUCAAUGGGAUAUGGUGGAGGACGCCUGGCAAUCGAUGGAGAAGGAGUUUCAUCUGCAAGAUGGAACGUUGUAUGCGGACAUUGCUCUUAAACUGAAAUGCAGAGAAACUCUGUACUGGUCAACAACGUCACAUGAGAAGUUCAGCUUUGAAAUAAACAAUAAUGAUGACAGUGAAGCCCAAGACAUUUCAGACAGAGUUUUGUCACAGCUUCUACCAGUUAUAGAAAAACAUCAACAGGAAAAUGAUAUCAAAAAUAAAAACUGGACACAAUGUAUACUACAGAGGUUAGAUGACAUGUCUGUUGGUUUGUCGAAGACGGGGGAAUAUAAAGAAUUUGACAUAGAGAAAGUAAAGCUGCCAUCUAUCUCCAAAAACGAGUUGAAGAGCCCACUUUUUGUGAUAACAGAAGAAAAUGAAGGUUUAGAUAGUGUUAAUCCAGACUGUUUAUGGGCAGGAGGAAAAGGUCAGACAGAUUCUGCAUUUUUGACUCCGACUUUUCAGGAACCAGUAUACGACCAUGACGGUGGACAUCAUAUUUUGUAUGCAGACUUCCCAUCCGUGAAGGUCAAGGCGAAGAAUAAUUACGUGAUUAUGAUUGACGACAAAAUAGUAGCCUCAAUGAAGGAAGGAGAAAUCUAUUAUUUAAUCAAGCAGGUUGAUGAUUGGUGGGAAGUAACUACCCUGCCAGGGGCUUCUUUCUUUAUAAAGUCAGAGUGUGCUGAAAUAGUUGGCCCAAAUAAAAGAUUGAUGACUCGGAAUCCAAAAACAAUUCGUAGAGAAUUCAGAUUUCCCUCAAGUAUUCAGAAGCGGACAGAGAGUGCAGAAUCAGACAUAGAUGGUUACGAGAUUGUAGACUUCAAAGGAAGUAAAAAUGAGGAUACAGACCAGCUUUAUGAAACGCCUUGGGAUUUACGUAAUAAACACGAAUUAGUUCGUAAAAUGGUAUCUGAAUCAGGACCUAGAACUACUCCUAGACAAUUGACUGAAUUAGGACCUAGAGCUGCUCCUAGACAAUGGAGACGAAAUGCAGUCAACUUAAAAUUGAAUCCAUCAGAAACAGAUGGAUAUUUAACACCACAGAAUAUCGGCAAAGUUUUGAAACAGAAACGAUCAAUGUCAUUACCGUUACCUCAAAUAGAUGCAAGGCCGCCGUUGAAGAUCCCGGAUGUAGCUUCCCAGACUAAAGAUAAGCACAAAAAGUGACGUGGUCGGUGAUUGAUUCUUGGCACACGUUAUUUGCUGUAUUUAUCAUUUAUAAAACGGUUACAGACAAGACCUGUAUCGAAAAGGAACUGCCAUAAAUAUUACUUUACAUCAACGAAAUGCAGACGACUUAUAUAAAAGCAGAUUGAAAAGUGUGCAUAUGUCUAUACGUUUUGUUACUGGAUUCUGUUUACUUUGUGUUUAGCGUUGAGAGUAU